UCUGUUGGCAGCUGCCAGUGCUUGUAGGUUCCGGACUCCGCGUGCUUGCAGCAUUCGGGGAGGCGGCGGCGGCUGUGCUUGGAGCCCGGUGGCGGGAGAGACUUCGAUUGCACUGCAAGGCGUCCACCGCUGCGGCGUACGUUGCCUGGAGCGGGGAUGGCUGACGACCUGGGAGACGAGUGGUGGAAGUCGGAUGGGGCAGGAGCCGGCGGCGGCAGCAGGGCAGAUCUAUCAGAUAAUGAAGAAAAGGAAAAAGACACAAAUAUGAUAGAAAUGAUGCAACAGGAACCUACCCCUGUACCUUCUUCACCCAAGAAAGACAAGCAGCCCAAAGAAUGUUUCCUAUUGCCAGCAAAAGAAAAGGGCAAAGAGGCCCCCAAGACCAAGAAGAGACGAAAGAAGAAAAUUUCUGACCUUCUUGCAAAAUCAGAACCAAAGCCGGGCGUCCCAGAAGACCUGCAGAAGCUGGUGAUGGAUCAGUUGAGCAUCAAGCGUUCAGUGAUUGAAUUAGAAGAAUUGAAACUGCCAGACUCCUGUUUCCUCCCAGCUAAUGAUCUGUCUCAUAGCCUUUCUUCGUAUCUAAAGCAAAUCUGUCCCAAAUGGGCCAAACUUCGAAGGAACCACAAGGAGAAGAAGUCAUUGGUGAUGCUGAUAAUCUGUAGCUCUGCACUCCGAGCCUUGGAACUCAUUAGAUCAAUGGCAGCAUUCAAAGGAGACUGCAAAGUGCUGAAGUUAUUUGCAAAACACAUAAAGAUUCAGGAGCAGGUAAAGUUGUUGGAGAAAGGUGUGGUGCAUCUGGGAGUGGGAACUCCUGGAAGGAUCAAAGCACUCAUUCAGCAAGAUGUCCUUAACUUGAACUCCCUGAAGUAUCUGGUUUUUGAUUGGAACUGGAGAGAUCAGAAGUUGAGGAGACUGAUGGACAUUCCCGAGAUAAGAAAAGAAGUUCUUGAACUGCUGGAAAUGAGACUAAUAAGCCUGUGUAGAGCUGAGUCUUUGAAGCUGGGACUUUUUUAAUUUCCAAAUUCUAAUGAAGAUUCAAGUUUUGACAUAAGGAUAGAAUUUGCAUCUGUAUUUAAUGCAACCACACACUGCCAAAUGAGUCACACAAGAUGGAUGUUUGCCUUUUGGGAUGCUUUAGCAGGCCUGAAUCUUAUUGCCUUUUUUGCCAGCUUCCUUCUCUUUAUAAUAAAGUAGAACAAGUUUGUGUCAUUUUUACUAGUUUCAUGGAGACUCUACAUGCUGUCUAGUAUUAGACAAUAUUAUUUUUGUUAUUUAUGGGAAAUAGUAAAUGUAUAAGAUACUCUUCACACUCAUAAAAGAUAACACUAUAGCCCUCAUAAUAUAAACAGAUGUUAUCAACAGCCUGAAAAAUACUAUAUUUGAAUCUUGGCGUAAUUUUUUUUUAAUUGGCCUGAGUUCUGGUAAAGUUGUCCUAGGUGUUACCAAACAAGGUGGCAGCUUGCUCAUGGGUCAACAAGUGUUAGGAACAUGACAAAGAAAGAGGGGAAUAGGAUUUAUAUUGUGUCAGACAACUGAGAUACCGCAAUUAAUAGCGAAAAACCCAUGUACAAAAUAGAAUAAAAAUUCAUACAAGCUAUUGGUUCAUUGGUCCAGUGAACACUUAUUAGAAGCAAAAAGGGGCCCAGUGUAUCUUUCCUCUCUUGACAUAAGUGGCUCCAUCUUUGAACAAGGCUUCUUCUUUUCAGUGUAAAUUGAGCAGGCAAGUCUGUUUCUCUGUGUUUAGGGUUUAUUCCUACCCCAGUACAUUGCUAAGAUUUUCAUAAUGUGGCCUUGUCAUCAUCAGUGUCCCACAGUGGCAAACAAGGUUUGAAGGUGUUGCAAACCUACAUAGGAGAGCUGUGUCCUGUAUCUUCUCUCUUUCUCCUUGUAUGGAGCACUGUUACCUUGAAUUUAGCAACAAAUUAAAGUGUAGCAUAACUAUC